AUGGCUGACCAGAAACCAACCCCUGCUGUCGAAGCCCCCGAGCCGGAGAAGCAAGAUGUCACCAAGGCAAUGGACGAAGCUGCUCAAUUCCUGGCCCAUAAUGCCGGCUUCGAGCCGCUAUCUACCGAAGAGGAGAAGAAGAUGAUACGGAAGAUGGAUUGGAUUCUUCUUCCUAUGCUAUUCAUGACCGCUACACUCGGCGCGGUGGACAAGGUCGCCAUUAGCACUGCCGCCAUCUACGGUCUGGAGGAUGAUCUACAUCUCGCGAUCGUCGGUAUGUGGCCUUCUACAUACCUUGUGCAUAGACUUCCCUCGGCAAAGUACCUUUCGGCCUGUUCACUGGGUUGGUCUGUUCUGGCUCUCCUUAUUCCAGUCUCCCGGAACUGGAGUGGGUUGAUGGCGCUGCGGUUCUUCAUGGGUUGCCUCGAAGCCAUUAUCGUUCCUUCCAUCUCGCUGAUCAUCGCCGGAUUCUAUACAAAGAUUGAACAGCCGCCGCGCAACGCUCUUGUAUUCGCAGCGGCGAGUUCGAUCAUAAAUGGGUUCCUCUCAUGGGCCGUCGGGCAUAUUCCUUCAAGCGCGCCCUUGGCUAUUUGGCAAUACCUGUUCCUAAUUACCGGCUCUGUCUCCACGCUCUGGUCAAUCGUCGCUUUCGUCUUUCUCCCCGACUCCCCAAUGAACGCCUUCUUUCUGACCGAGCGGGAAAAGUAUCACUCCGUGCAGCGCUUGUCAGAGAACAAGACCGGCAUAUCCAACCGACAGUGGAAAUGGGACCAGGCGCUUGAGGCCAUCAUUGACCCCAAGACAUGGAUCCUGUUCUUCUUCAACAUUGCCAUCAACAUCCCCAACGGAGGUUUAACAACAUUCAGCGGUAUCAUCAUCAACAAUCUAGGUUUCUCGGCUGUCAACACGUCGCUAUUGAACAUGCCUACUGGUGUCAUGUCAACGCUGUCCGCGUUUGUGUUCUCUUGGAUAGCGGCCAAGUGGUCUAACCGCCGGUGCCUCGUGACAAUGCUUGCCUCUUGUGUCCCGGCCAUUGGCGCUAUCAUUGUCUAUACUCUGCCUCGAAGUAAUAUUGGCGGCCAGAUGGUUGGCAUCUACCUGCUUUACACCUAUUUCGGCCCGUACGUUGUCGGAAUAUCUAUGGCACAGGCAAACACCGCAGGCAGCACGAAGAAGACCGUGCAGUACUCCAUUCUAUAUAUUGGGUAUGCCGUUGGAAAUCUUAUCGGACCGCAGACCUUCCGCGCAAACCAAGCGCCGGCGUACACCGGCGGGUUCGUGUCUAUGCUCGUCUGUUACUGCGUCUGUGUGGUUUUGAUGGCCGGCUACUGGACCAUUGCGGCCAUCUUGAACCGAAGACGAGUCGAUGGGGUUGAACCGUCGGAGACUGAAGGGGAGCUGGAGGAGGCGUUCUCUGAUAAGACAGACUUCCAGCAGAGGGGGUUUAAAUAUACAACGUAG